AUGAAAAUUAAAGUAAGAACUGUUCAGAAUACAGAACAUGAGAUAGAGGUUGAGGAUAACUUUACUGUUCUUCAAAUAAAGCAGCUUAUAGAAGCUAAGAACUCUCAAAUGACUGCAUCAAGACAGAAACUGAUCUUUGCUGGGAGGAUUUUAGGGGAUUCCCAGACAGUACAAGAUAUCGGCAUUAAAGAAGGUGAAAGGCUAGUUGUAUUAGUAUCUAAGGGAGCAAUACAACAAAAGUCAAGUGAAAUAUCACAAACUAAAAACAUAGGGAACUCUACCUCUGCUCAAACAACUCCUGUAACCACCAACACUGGAGUAAUUCCUAAUAAUUGUGAUCAGAAUACUUAUGAAUCAAGUGCAUCUGCUCUCAUUACAGGUACGGAGUUAGAAACAACAAUAAAUAAUAUUGUGAAUAUGGGUUUUGAAAGGAAUCAAGUGAUAGCUGCUAUGAGAGCAGCCUUCAACAAUCCAGAUAGAGCUGUUGAAUAUUUAACUUCAGGUAUACCUUUACCAGGUAUUAUUAUACAAGGACAGGGACAAGGACAAGGACAAUCUGAGGUUUCUUUAUCUCAGGCUGCGACGACCCCAAUAAAUCCAGAGAUGUCAGAUAUAAAUCAAAUUUCAACAAAUGCAUCUGGAGAUACAGUUACAGGAGCCUUGGAUUCUCUACGAACAAAUCCUAUAUUUCAACAGCUUAGAAUGGUGGUUCAACAGGACCCAAGGAUAUUACCGGAAUUAUUGGCGAGAGUUGGUCAAACAAAUCCAGAAAUCCUUCAACUUAUCACGGAGAAUCAAGAAGAGUUCAUUAGACUUAUGGAACGUACAGAUUCGGAUGAUAUUGGUGAAAUUAAUGGAGCAACCUCUGUGUAUUUAACUCAACAAGAAGCUGAAGCUGUGGAGAGGCUUCAAGGACUUGGAUUUCCUAGAAAUGCAGCAUUAGAAGCCUUUCUAAUUUGCGAGAAGAAUGAAGAGCUUGCAGCUAAUUACUUAAUUGAAAAUAGUGCCGACUUUUUUGAAGACAAUAACUCAACUAAUGUAUAG